GCUACGGGCAAUGCCCGAGAAUCUCUCGAACUCCGCAACCCCAGUUCAAUAUCCUAUCACAGCAACCAUGGUGCACAUAUUGAAGCGCAUGCGCAAGCUACGUGAGCACGUACGUAAGAUCCACCUCCGCAGACACCUCCGAAAACGUCGAAACCUACAUUCGCACCCGACCGACUCGAGACACAAAAGAUGUAACAAUGCUAACAAUGCUAUCUGCGACAGCUAUUAUGGAUAAGAUGUGGCCCGGGCGCGCUCAUACUGCCAAAAGAGGUGUCGAAGAUUAGCAUGGAAUUCAACACAAAAAUCUACGGAGGACAUAGAGGGGCAAGGUACGUUGGCAUUGCUCUGUUACAAGUUUUGGAGGAGGGCAAGGGGUAUUAGGCCAUUCCAGACACGACGUUUGAGAGCUGGCAAUUGUACACAAUGACAAGAUCGAGCGCUCACUCUACGAACAGGAAAUUCUGGCGCAAUAUGCUGCCGCGGAUGAAAUACCGCAACCCAUCCAUCCCAAUGGAAAUCGCGCGACACAACGACCCCGACGGUCCCUCGCUCCUCCACAUCUACACAGCAGCCAAAACACAGCCAUCGACUGGCUCCACAAACUCUCCUACAACGCAACAAUCAGACGCUUCACCACCGUCAGCAACACCAAACCCGCGGAACACGCUCGUACCCGAUACCUCAAAACCCACGUUUUCGAUUGACAUGAGAGACCAGUCGGAGAGCGAGAUCUUGGAGGCACUGGUGGAGAAGAUAGGCGCAGUAGAAAUCAAGCCGACGGAGGAGGAGUUGGCCGAGAUGAAGGAGAUUGAGGAGUUCAAGGAGAGGUCGGAGGCGGAUAGAGUGCUGGUCAGGGAGAAGUUGAUGAAGGAGCGGAGAGAGGCUGAGCUGCUGAAGUUGGCGAGGGGUGAGGCACCGGCCGCCAACUAAUUGUGUGGUCUGGGAGAAGUCACGAAGGAUUGACAUGAGAAACACGGGGAGGCUAUGUGGUCUUCUAGCAGCAAUUGAACUGCAAUCUAGCGGCUUCAAAGGCUGAGAUAUUGUAACAUAUGUAUAUUGUAUGGCACAUUCACGACGUCAAUACGUGGCUAUGUGUCCGGUGAUAAUGACAUAUUCGUGCUCAUUGUUGCAUGAGGCAAGGGCUUCUGUGAAGAAGCCGGCUUUCAUUCUCAAAUCAGCCGCUACGGUUCUUUCGCA